CCCUCGCCCCGCCCGUACCGUCAUGUAGUGGAGAAGAGGAAAGUCGCAGCGCUUAGUGAAGUUUUUGAUUUCAUACUUCAGGACUUCAGGACAGUAACCCGGAGCUCGCUGUAACACAGCUCUGUCUCUUCCUCCUCCUUCUCUGCUUCUGGUUUAUAAAAACACCGCGCAGGACCCGCGCCACACUGUCACCCGCAUGAAUGUCUCAACCAUCAGACAAGCAGGUUAUACAACACGUUGCCACAUUUAACAUAGAAUAUUUUGCCAAAUUUUAAGACAGUAAGACAUCUGCUUUGGACACGAGCCAGGUUCCGAAGCUGUCUGGAAGAUGGACGUGUACAAUCUGACAACCUUCACAAUUCCAGUGGGAGCAGCCAUGCUCAUGUAUGACUAUCCGGUGAAGGCAGACAGGGAGACGGGUUGCCCAUCCUUGGUGAAGUCUCAGGCCAAAACGUACAGCGCCAUGUUCUCCAUUGGUCCUCACCCCUCUCAUUACUGCUGCGCUCCUCACUACGUGCCGUAUCACAGCCCCACCCACACACACACACACACCCCUCCUCACGGCCCCGACGCCCCCACACACGCGCAGCUGGAGCCCGUGGACCUGUCUCUCAGCAAGAAGUCCUCGCCUCCUCCGCCGUCCUCGUCCUCCUCGCCGUCUUCGUCGUCACCGUCGCCGUACUCCUCGUCCAGAGCCACGCCCCCAUCCCCGUACGAGCGCAUCGGCCGUUCUGACUCCGCCUCCAUGAUGCUGUCCUUCCCCAGCUUGGCUCCCGGUCCAGGUCUCAUCCCCGUUCUCUCCAGCAUGAUCCUGCCCUCCUGUACCAUGCUGUAUCCGCCCCACGUCCUGCUCUUCCCCAGCACCAACGACGACCAGAAGGGCGGAGCCUCCUCUCUCAAAUCCGACGGCGCCCAGGACCACCAGCCAAUCAAAUCCGAGCCUCACAGCAAGCGAGCUCCCAGCAUGCACAGGCAGGAAAUUCCAUCGCCGCCCAUGCCAAGCUAUAACGAGGUGAACACACCCUCCGUGAUAGUACACGCCCCUAAAGCGGAGUCUCCCGACCCGUUGAAGAAGCGACGCAUCCAUCGCUGUGAUUUUGGAGGCUGCAACAAAGUGUACACGAAGAGCUCACACCUCAAAGCCCACAGACGCACACACACAGGAGAGAAGCCGUACAAGUGCUCGUGGGACGGCUGCACGUGGAAGUUUGCGCGUUCGGACGAGCUGACACGUCAUUACCGCAAACACACCGGCUCGAAGCCGUUCAAGUGCUCGGACUGCGACCGCAGCUUCUCGCGCUCCGAUCACCUCGCCCUGCACAGGAAGCGCCACCUGCUGGUGUGACGCCGAAACGCAGCGCCGAUUCAGCCAGUGCACCUUCGAGACGCACUGCACUAUUAUUAACCAGGUGUAGGGGUGUUCAGCACGCAGUCACACGGACCGCACCGAGAAGACGUGCUGUCACCUCCGGGUCAAAACUAUUUUUGCAAAAUUGUUAUAUCGCGAUACCUGAAGCCGUUUCGUAUCGUCAUAUCACCCAGCCUGAUUUUCAACACCACCCUUUACUGGACUCUAAUGGGCACUUCCAAAGUACUUCUUUCUCUCUCUCUCUCGCUCUCUCGCUCUCUCUCUUUCAUCACAUCUCUCACUCGCUUAAACACACAAACUCACACAGUUCUGUUAGGCGCCCUCUGCUGGUCAAAGGGUGUAUUGUGCUACCACAAACACACACACACACACACCGGGUUAAUCCUGAAUAAUGUGAAUUCUUUUCUUUUUUUAAUUAUAUAUGAAUAUAUAUUAGUGAGGAAAUCUUGUAAGUCUUUAAUUUUGUAACCAGUAAGUGUCACAUGUGUAGGCAGGUUUUAAUCAGUUUAUAUGAUGCUUUUCUUGUUCGUUUGGGUUAGUGUAACCACAUUAUUCAUAUUUUAAACGGUUUGCAAUGCCAUAUUUUCUGGAUUAUAAGACACAUAUUUCCCCCUCUAACAGGUGAUGAAAUGUUUACGAUUAAUUACGAAGCUUCUUCUUUAAAUAGUGUACACGUAUACGGCGUUCCCGUACGGUCCGGAAAACCUGAAAAUGCAUCGAAGGCGAAUACGCAGUGAGCAUCGGUAGCUGUGUUUCCAUCCGAGUCGCAAGUUUAACUUGUGCGGAAAAACCGUCACUCCCGGGGAAACUGGCGCACCUCGCUCGCCACCAUUUUGUGAAACUUUUUUCCUGAGCUGAUUUCCGGAUGACUUUUUUCGAGACGCGUCGAGGAAUUUAUUCGGUAAAUACAUUUCCAUCGUAGUCUUCUUAUCGAAUUUUUUUUUAAUGUUAACUUUUUUUAAUGCGUGUUUUAGACAUUCGUAGUCCAAAUUUAGCAUAUAAGUACAUGGAUGGAAACAUAGCUAUUGUUAUGUCUGGAAGAUUAAACGCAACAUCCACUAGAGGGCACUAGAGUCAAGUUGUCCAUUUAGUGAGUUUUUUUUUGUUGUUGCCAUAUUUAUUAAGCUCACAGUCUCCCGUAAUUGGCUAGUGUCACUGCGAUCGACAGGCGACACAGACUAUGCCCGUCCCACCCAGACAGCACAGCCAGAUUUGCUCUCAUGUACCCCCACGAUUCGACCUUGCCAACUCUGGACAACGCUUUUUUUUUUCUAUUGCACAACCGAGAAAUUAUUUCGCCUUAAUACUCCAACCUGUUCAGAAUAGCGUGCAAGUACGCGAUUUGAGACACAGCCCUCGCUUUAUCAGCUUGCUGCAGCUAUCACGUCGCGUCACGUUACACUGCCCCCUGCCAUGCACGCCGGUAUCGCAUCACGCUCGGUCGUCCUGUUAAUGUUUUUCCCGAUACGUCCGCGAGACGUACACGGCGUCCAUCUUGCGUACGCGUUCCGUACGCCUCAGCUUUCUAAAUAUAUACAUUAAAACGCUCUAAAAUCCUACGCAGUUUUUUUUUCCUCACUCAGAAGGGGUGUGUCUUCUACUCCGGGAAAUACAGCGUAAGAAACAAAUGCUCACAGCAUCAACAGGCUCCCGUUGUCGUAGCACGUCUGUAUAUGAUUUGAUGUUUAUUACGUAAGUACUAUGUACUGUCUCAGAACUCUGUGAUUGCACAUUGAGUAACGACGUCGUUUUAUGCAGUUGCAGGUAUGUAUGUAAGGAGCGCGUGCAAAGGUGCCGAAACGUUCGCGAUGUCAUCACGAGAGCGUUGCACCUGAGCCUGAGCGAAGCGCUCGUCCGGUGAAUUUACUUCAAUAUCGUGAUGUAUAAUAUCGUCCUGGUUAGGAGCUCAUCAGAUCCUCAGACAAACGGUUAGCUGCUAUGACGUAGCAUUGAAUUACUAGCGAUAGCGUUAGGUUAGAAUACGCGCUCGUGGAUUUGGAUGUACGUUCAGGGCUGUUGUGCGUUUAAGCAGUCCGGAUUUCAUUCUAGGGCGAUUGUAUUUACACAGCUAAAUGUGAAUCAUUUGAAUAAAGAGGGGCAUUAUGGUAAUGGAGUUCGAUUUGGUUGUGGGGAACAUCAUUUUUCGUUGUCACUUUGCGUAACAUGAAACACACAAGGACGUGUGUGUGUGUGUGUUACUAUUAUGAUUUUUUUCUGUUGAGGUUUUGCAAAAUUGCUUUUCUAUAUAAAGAACGGUAUAAAGGAUAAUGUGCACUUUAGGCUCGUCAUAAUAAACAUAAUCAACCAGUUAGCAAAACAAAGCGCGAUUUUUUUUCCUUCUCCUUCUUCUUCUCCUUCUUAGCCAUGCUCACGUUAGCGAUACUGACGUGCACCUAGGCUGAUUAUUUGUGUUUCACUUUUGUACAUUUCACUCUUCCUUUAAAAUCGUGACAUCUCCUCAUAGCUAGUGAAACGGUUGUGACAGAUUAGCACUUCCCUUCAGAUCUCAUCACUGUUUUAUAACCACCGGAGCGUAUUUUAACGCCGAACACGUAGGCGAUGAUUUAGCCUGUGCUAAUUAGCAUUCGAGCUAGCAAACAGUCGAAGAAAGCUAGCUCCAUUUUCUCUAACACACAGAAAUGACAUUGCUUUAGUUUAGCCUUAACAACGUGCGCUAGAGCACUAUGUCGCUAGCUGCUAAUCACCCGGUUAGCUAGCUGGCUACUCGCUAGCUAUCCAAAGUAGUGACUUUGUUUUCUUUUUUCUUUUAUUAUUUUAUGUUAUAUAGCAUGCAUUCUGAGUAAAUCCUAAUAGAAACCCUUCUCGCGUUUGGGACGCGCUUUUUAACUUGAUGCAUGGAGAACGAGGGACGAAAAACAGACUGAACGAGAUGAAGAAAGGAUGAAGUCACAACACACACACACACACACACCUGAGAGAAACCCUAUAGUGCACACUGUAAUAUAUUUUUUUUUUAGGAUUAAUACAACUGAAAGGGAAAUUAAAGGAAUUUUAUACGCAUCGUGAUCAUUAUAUAUUUUAAUCUGGACAAAUAUUAUGCAUUUCUGAUGUGAAGAUGUGAAUCUUUAUUUCUGGAAUUUCUGUCCUUUAUUUUUUUUGCUCUUCAAAAGGGAAUCGUAUAUCAAGCUGUGAAAGAGUAUACGUAUAUGCUGUACAAGCUGAUAUUGUAUUAUUUUAGAUAUGAAAUGUAUCGUUGAAUAAACUUCUAUCUGUGCAUUGUUUUGGCACAAACGUUA